ACCAGAACCUGGGAUAGUGGGCGUUCAAAAGCAGUGCUCUCGACAUUGCCCGCAUCAGAGGUGAACUCACGGCUCGCCACGCUAGCGACAGAACGCUGUAUGAAUUAGAACGUCUCCGUGCUGGAUAACGAUAAUCCAGAUCUACAACUAGAUUUACUCCGUUUGAGUUUCAAGUCCUGAAUCCGGGCUGGUCGCGAUGAUGAUCCACCUUGAGACAUUAAGCUUUGUCUCUUACUUUUUUCGUGAAAGCGGCGAUCUGCCUUUACAACCUUUACAAGUUGAUUGAACCGUGAAUUUAUGCUCUGAAUCACACGUUAUUUAGUCUGAAGGUUUGUAAUUUCAUGCCUCUAGAUAUCUUACGACUAUGAAGAUAUCACUCUUCGUUUCGGAGGCGAAAUGGAUUGUUUUCAUCCUGAGUAUGCUGAAUACAGCUGACGCACGAAUAGUCAAGCGUGAGGCUUUGGAAGCUGACAUCAUCAAGCCAUUGUUCGAUGCAUUACAACCGAAAAGCAUCAUUCCACUUCCUGUUCCAGAAAAAACCUUCUCUGAAGUGGAUAAAACUGCAAAUUUGCUUUACUGCUCCCUGUGCAUGUUCCUGGCGGAAUAUCUCAUGGUCCAGGUUCGGGAAAAUGCUGAUAUGGAGAUUCAGGCUGUAGAAAUAUGCUCUCAAAAUUAUGGGACGAAGGAGCAAUGUGACGGCUUUGUCAAUGCUCAGCUGAAAGGCUUAUUCAAUGUCCUGAACACAACUAGUGACAUAAAUGUGGAAAACAUUUGCGCCAGCCUCAUCAACUGCAUCCAGUCCCCUGUGACGUGGACCUUUUCGCUACCAGGAAAUGAAUUGAAGGAUGCACGACGUGCACACCAUCGAGAAGGAAGAUUAGCGGACAACAGUUUGAAGCUGGUUCAUGUCACCGAUGUCCAUGUGGAUCCAGAAUAUGACGGUGAGGUGAUCGGAGAAUGCUUUCUGAACAUAUGCUGCAAAGCGCGGAGGAAUCUCAAGAGCAACGCCACAUCCCUUAGGACGCAAAUGCUGGGCGAAUGGGGAGAUUACCAUGCUUGUGGACUUCCUCGGAAAACCGUGGAGCAUCUGCUUUGUGAACAUAUCAACAAGACGCAUCGAGAUGUGGAUGUGCUGAUAUGGACUGGGGACAUUCCCGGACAUGGAUCGUGGUUGCUGAAUAGACAACAGAAUAUUCAGAUGAUCAACGAUACUCUGAACUUGGUGAAAAAAUGUUUGCCAGAAGUGAUCGUGAUUCCUGCUAUUGGAAAUCACGAAGCGUACCCUGUCAAUGACUUCGAGCCUGGUGAGCAGACGAAGUUACUGUAUUCCGAUCUGGUGAAGAUGUGGUCGGAUUGGUUGCCUGAAGAUGCACAAAAGCAAGCCUUGAAUGGUGGAUUUUACACUGUUCAAAUCAGAAAGGGUUUGCGAGCAAUCGUCCUCAAUACUAACUACUGUUAUAAAUACAAUUGGUGGAACCAUGUUAAAAUUAUCGAUCCUAUGAACCAGCUAGAAUGGCUUGCAUUGCAAUUGGAUGCCGCGGAAAAAGCAGAUGAAGAUGUUUAUGUUGUUUCUCACAUAUCACCCGGAUCGCCAUCAUGCUUACCGACGUGGAGUCACUAUUACUUCAAACUUCUCGAAAGGUAUUCUACCACCAUCGUUGCCCAAUUCUAUGGACAUGAGCAUACGGAUUCCUUCCAUGUGUUCUUCGGGAAUGGUACAGAAGGAAGGAUGCCCAUUGGAGUGGGAUUAAUUGGUCCCAGUGUGACAACGUUAAAUGGAAAUAAUGCUGGUUACCGCGUUUAUCACACAGAAAGAAUGUCUAAUGCCAUUAAUGACAUCGAAACUUACUUCAUGGACAUAAACGAAGCAAAUUCAAAUGGAAAAUCGGUUCCACCAAAUUGGAAAUUCUUGUAUAACUUGAACAAGGAGUUUGAAUUCAACCCCACCAGUUCGGAAGGAUGGACGACUUUGAUAAAACGACUCGGUGAAGAUGAAAAGCUGUUCCAAAAAUUUUAUUCAUACACCCACCGAAAAUCCAAGGUAUUCCCAGACUGUGGGAACACAUGUAAGCAGAAACUGCUGUGCGGUUUGCAAGCUUCGGACAAAACUAAAGAUCUUCCUCAGGAAUGUGAUUUUAUUUGAACUGUUGGAGGGGAUUUACAAUGCAUUGCAUCACCAAGUUGAAAUAAGUGGCAUGACAACCUUGGUUGUGUGAACUUCUGAAGGUUCAUUGUUCCAACUACUGUGCUAGCCUUAUAUUACGUAGUCGAAGGAAUUUAUUUUCAAUUUUCAAAUUUUCCGAAUGCCUCUUUCAGAUGAGUUGAGGUCAUCAGAUGGUUGUCUAUGGGGAUUUUAUUAUUUUCUUAAUCUUAUAGUUUUAUACUGUGUAAAACUGUAAGUGGUGCACUAUAUUGAAUUAUCAUCUUGCAAGUGAAAGCUGUUUUCUGAUGUGCAUGAAAUCGUGGGAUCGUUCAGCAUGUGUAAAAAUUAACAACGCAGUGAGCCGCAUUGAAUUAUUUGGCAUUGAAUCAUUUCUGACCUCAUUUCGGUUGAUGAGUGUUCCUUUUUGAAAUGCCUGAUUUAUUGAAUUUGCUUCCGUGCUCGCAAUAUUUUACCCAAAACAAUUACGAAGGAAGAAGAAAUGCAUCAGCAUUAGCUUACAGUCA